AAAGCAAUGAAAAUGUUUUUUUGUUAGAGAAAUAAAUUCAGUGAGUAAAGUGCGAAUAAUAUCUAGAUGAAAAACUCAUUGUGCUGUUAAAAGAAUCUGUUAGUAAUAAAAAAAGAAGAGAUAGAAGUAAAGCAGACAAAAUAUACAAUAUAUAAUUAAAAAAAAUAUUUUAUCGGAUAUAUGAUAUCUACAAAUAUAAGAAUUAUUAUUCAAUAAAGUAGAAUAGAGUAAAGAAAAGAAAGAAGAGAUAAAACUUUAAGCAUGGCUGAGGAUAGUUUUUCAAAGCCACAGUACAAAACGAGAAGUGCAUCAAUAUCAGCUCCGGCAAGCUCGAGCUUAGAAGCAAUAAUAAAUUCACAGUGUGACAUUGAUACACCAGAUGAUGGAGGUGGUACUCCUAAUUACAGGCGUCGAAAGCCUGCAACUCGUUCACAGAGUGCUAGAAUUCCGAGCGGACGAACGGUGCGCAAAAAAGUUUCAACAACAUCCCAGCAACCACCAACGCUUUACUAUGACAAUAAAACCCAUUUUACAAGUGAACCAUAUUUAAUGGAUGAAAGCGAAACUCUUCAUCAACCUGUAAGACGUGGUUCUCAGCGAAGGCCUGCUCAAAAUAACGUGUCUUCAAAUGCUUCCGUACGUCGAAAGUCAAAUAUAUAUUUAGAUGUUCCCGGUCAAAAUUCUAACUAUUUAAGAGUAAAUGAAACAGAUGAUACUGUAACUCUAAGAACAUUCAGUACUUCCAAUAAAGGCAUAGUAAACAGAGGUGAUUCAUUUAGACGUCGUAGAUCCAGAAGCUCUAGUCUUAUUCCACCAAGUCCUGCAAGUCCAAUGAAAUCAUCAGCCGCAAGUGAAAUAUCAGCAAGUCCAGGACCAACAGAUUCAUAUUCCGUCUGCAUGAUGGGCGCUCAAGGGGUUGGAAAAGCAGCACUAUUAUCUCAAUUCAGAACAUCCGAGUGCAUUAAUGCUUACGAAAGCGGAAGAGAUUCGCCAUGCGACCAAAGCAUCUCUAUUAUCCUCAAUGGAAUUGAAUCUGAAUUGAAAUUUCUAACAGAUAGUAAAGGAAACAAGGAUCAAAUUGAUGGUUGUGACGCAUUUUUAAUCAUAUAUUCGGUUGUAGACAAAUCAUCAUUUACACGUGCCGAAUAUUUUCUAACUCUCUUACAAGAUAUGGACUUAGUCAGAUCAAGAUGUUGCAUUUUAGUUGGCAAUAAAAUAGAUCUUGCAAGAUCACGAGCAAUAUCUAGUCAAGAUGGAAAAUGUAUGGCGUGCACUUAUCGAGUGAAAUUUAUAGAAGUUUCUGUCGGUAUAAAUCAUAAUGUUGAUGAACUUUUAGCUGGUACAUUAACACAGAUCCGUUUGAAGAAGGAACAUUGUGAAUUACAGGGCCCAAAAGAAAGCUCACGUAGUUGGUAUAAAAAUAGAAAUGUAGUCAGAGCGAGCAUGAAGGCGCGUCAGAUGAUAACUUGGAUUUUUGGCAAAGAGGACUCAAAGUUUAGAAAUUGUGAAAACCUUAACGUUCUAUGAUGAGAUAACGUAGCUUCCUUAAAGCAAUACAUAAAGAAGUAGAUAACUUUAAAAGAGAAUAUUUGAGCAUUUCGGUUAAAAUAACAUAAAUUAUCGAUUCCUUUUUAAAAACAAAAAUCUUUCAACUAUAAAUAUAAAAUAAUACAUGAUAUACACGUUCAUAAAUAUCACAUUGUAAAACAUGAAGAAACUAUUACUAGGAAGAACAAAACCCAAAAUAAUAUAAAAACCAAAAAGAUGAAAAUGAAAAUCC